CGAACAAUCUGGCAAUAUAAAAAUUGAUGUGAACCUCUGUCCAUAAUCCAGUUUUUGUUUUCAUUUUGCAACAGGCUUAUCGAUAAUUUUAAGUGCCCUUUGUACCGGCGAUACAAAGAUAAUUCUUCACUUAAACAGCCAAUACAUGAGAUAAAGCCGUCUCACAGCGCCGUUGACAGUUGAUUGCAUCGGUAUCCGAAUUGCAGAGAACAAGUUUAUAAAACAAACCGGUGUCUACCUAUAUACAGAAAAUGUCUUCAGCAGCAAAGUUGCGUUUUGAUGGACGUGUGGCCAUUGUUACCGGCGCUGGAGCUGGUCUUGGACGAGAGUAUGCAUUGCUGCUGGCAUCCCGUGGCGCCAAGGUGGUGGUCAAUGAUCUGGGUGGCAGCCAUGUGGGCGAAGGUGCCUCUCAACGCGCAGCCGAUGUGGUUGUCGAGGAGAUCCGCAAGAGCGGCGGGGAAGCAGUCGCCGACUACAAUUCGGUUAUUGACGGUGCAAAGGUCGUCGAUACGGCAAUCAAGGCAUUCGGACGUGUCGACAUUCUGAUUAACAAUGCUGGCAUAUUACGUGAUCGCAGCAUUGUUAAGACCACGGAUCAGGAUUGGGACUUGGUGCUCGAUGUGCAUCUGAAGGGCAGCUUUAAAUGUACACAGGCCGCCUUUCCACACAUGAAGGCCCAGAACUUUGGACGCAUCAUAAUGACAGCGUCCAACUCGGGCAUAUACGGAAACUUUGGACAGGCCAACUACUCGGCUGCCAAGAUGGGCCUGGUUGGACUCGCCAACACGGUUGCCAUUGAGGGCCAGAAGAAUAACAUUCAUUGCAACAUAAUCAUUCCAACAGCAGCCAGCCGCAUGACUGAAGGUAUUCUGCCCGACAUACUCUUCCAGGAGCUGAAGCCCAGCCUAAUUGCGCCCGUUGUUGUCUACUUGUGCCACGAGUCCUGCGAGGAUAAUGGCAGUUAUAUUGAAAGCGCAGCCGGCUGGGCCACCAAGGUGCAUACGGUGCGCGGCAAGGGAUGUGUGGUGCGACCAUCGAUAGAGGAGCCGUCAACGUUGGAGUACGUGCAGAAUGCUUGGAACAAGGUGACAGACAUGUCGCAAGCAGCGCAUACCAAUUCCAUUGCCGAGGCAUCUGGUUCCCUGCUGCAAGUGCUAGAGAACCUGAAGUCCGGCGAUAAGGAUGCCAUCGAGGAUAGCUUUACGUUCGGCAACAAGGAGCUAAUCCUUUACGCUCUGGGCAUUGGCGCCUCAACAAAAAAUAGCAACGACAUUCGCUUCUUGUAUGAGAACGAUGGCGACUUUUCGGCGAUUCCGUCAUUUUUUGUACUACCCGGCUUGAUAUUGACCAUGACCAGCUCACUGGUCUCCACGGCGCUGCCCAAUAGCGGCGCUGAUCUGACCAACAUUCUGCACGGUGAACAGUAUUUGGAAAUUGUUGACGACCUGCCCACCAAUGGCAACCUGGUGACCAAGGGCAAGGUAUUCGAUGUCAUGGACAAGGGCUCCGGUGCCGUGGUUGUGACCAGCUGUGAGUCAUACGACGGAAACGGUCGCCUUCUAGUGAAGAACCAAAGCUCCAUCUUUGUUGUUGGCGCCGGCAAGUUUGGCGGCAAAAAGCAGCCUAUUGCCGGUGUUGUGCCACUGGCUGCCCCACCCAAGCGGUCACCAGACUCUUCCAUAGAAUACAAGACUAGCGAAGAUCAAGCUGCACUCUAUAGGCUCUCCGGUGAUCUAAACCCAUUGCAUAUCGAUUCGAACUUUGCGCGCCUAUCCGGAUUCAAUACACCCAUUCUACAUGGACUUUGCACUUUGGGAUAUUCCGUUCGCGCUGUGCUAAGCAAAUACGCCAAUAACAACAGUGCGCUAUUCAAGGCGGUUAAAGUGCGCUUUUCUGGCCCCGUUCUGCCCGGACAAACUCUCAAGAUUGAGAUGUGGAAGGAGGGUGCACGCAUCCACUUCCGAACUAUAGUCGUGGAGACUGGCAAAGAGGUUAUUUCGGGCGCCUAUGUCGACCUGAAGGACUCGAAAGCUAAAUUGUAAAAUCAAUUUCUGAAGCGAGGCAAUCAUCGUAGACAUACAUACACACACUUAUAUAUAUAUAAUAAUUUUACAACAUAACCAGGCGGUGGUACAAAAAUAUUGCAAUCAACACAUUUAUAACUCUACUAAAUGUAACUGUUAUU